AGUAUUCAAGAUGGUGGAAUGUUGUGAUGUGUUUUCUGUGAUUUUCAGUCUACGAUUACUUCAAAAAGUCAGUGUUGUUUUUAUUUUGUAAAACAUACCCUGGAGUUACUUUAAAAAUAAGUACCUCUGUUUAAAUAAAAGGCAAGUUAUGCAAAAAUAAUAUUGGAAGGAUGACAUAAAGGCCAAAAUUUAAUAGGAAGUGUGUUAACUUACUGUUAAUAGCUAAAGUAUAAAUAAGUUUGUUCUCGACUGAGUUGGCAGUGGCUGUGCGAGUAGGACCACUGCACCGAUCCCCCAUAUUUUUUAGGUUACCUUGCCAAAUUAUGCAAGGAACUGAAAAUACGACGACAAAUGAUGGUAGAAGUGCAUUUUGGAAGAAGAAUUUAAGGAAUGUACCUGGAAGCAUAAGACCCGUUUAUGGAGCAGCUCAUCCACCUCGAACAGAGCCUUCCACCCCAAAAAGAGAUUCAUCAAGGACACAUCACAAGAGAAAUUCAUCUUCCAGUUCAUUCCAAGAUUUCCAAGAAAGCACAGAUGAUGCUUGGGACGUAGGAGAUGAUGAUUUUUGUGUUGUUUCAAAUGUCAUUCAUCCCAAGGUUGCCCAAUCAACAGCCUUGACUGUGAUAAGUAACCACAGUGGACGAAGCAGAGCUAUAACAACUGGACAUACUCGGUCAGCUUCUGCUGGUGAAGCAGGUAUAACCAGGAAAACCGGUGGUCCACACUUGUCCGAGGUUCGAACCACUGCUAUACAAAGACUGGCUGUCCAAAGUGACCCAUCCUGUCACAGUCAUCAUCCAGUAUCUAACAAUGUGCCCUCACAUCCCCCCCAGGGACCAGGACGAGGUGUUCGACAAUCUACAGUGCCCCCAAUCUCACACCAUAUGGUCCAUCUUAAGUAUCUACAGUCUAGAAAUUCACAGCGGGAAGUAGUAAGAUUAAAGAAGUUCAAAUCUCUGUUAAAUGGACCUAACACUGAUUUAGAGGAACUUAAAGAACUAAGUUGGGCUGGAAUUCCACCUGCAGUGAGACCAAUAACAUGGAGAUUGUUAGCUGGCUACCUUCCUGCCAACAAUGAUAGGAGAGAAUCAACAUUAGAAAGAAAGAGAGAAGAGUAUUUCAACUAUAUUAAACAAUACUAUAAUACUCGACUCCAAGAUGUGCACCAGGAGACAUAUAGGCAGAUUCACAUUGACAUUCCAAGGAUGAGUCCGCUUGUGCCUCUCUUUCAACAACAACUAGUACAGGAGAUAUUUGAAAGAAUUCUUUAUAUUUGGGCAAUUCGUCAUCCAGCCAGUGGCUAUGUUCAGGGAAUGAAUGAUCUUGUCACUCCCUUUUUUGUUGUUUUUCUUCAGGAAUUAGUGCCAUCUGGUUCAGAAGUGGAGACGUAUGAUGUUACACUCUUACCUAAAGGAUGUCUUGAUAUCAUUGAGGCUGACAGCUAUUGGUGUCUUACAAAGCUAUUGGAUGGAAUCCAGGAGAACUAUACAUUUGCCCAACCAGGCAUUCAGAAGAAAGUAAACACACUCAAGGAUCUCAUGAAACGUAUUGAUGCCCCCCUACACAACCAUUUAGAGCAUCACUCAGUGGAAUACUUACAGUUCUCUUUUCGGUGGAUGAACAACUUGUUGAUGAGGGAACUUCCUUUGAAGUGUACCGUUAGACUGUGGGAUACUUACUUGUCAGAAACUGAUGGAUUCUCAACCUUUCACUUGUAUGUGUGUGCAGCCUUUUUAAAACACUGGUCAAGAGACCUUCUGGCUGAGAAAGAUUUUCAGGGUAUCAUGUUAAUGCUUCAGAACCUACCCACUUUAAAUUGGGGAGAUGAGGAGAUAAGUCUGCUUGUUGCAGAGGCCUACCAGCUAAAGUUUACGUUUGCCGAUGCACCCAAUCAUCUCCAGCGAGAAAAGAAGUGAGGUAGUGAUUAUGAUGUGCAUAUCUCUCUUUAUGACAUCCUUCACGUUCAAACUCCUUCUGGAUUGUACUUUGGUUCUACUAGCCCCUGUAGCUUUGCCAAAUGGGAUGAGACCCCAGUCUCAGCAGAGGAACUGAAGGAAGAAUGGUGCACCUGUACGAUCUGUUUGUAGAACAUGCAACAGAUUUUUUUUCCAGUGAAUACUUACUAAAUGGAUGAUACAGAUACUAGACCUGUAUUGUGUAAAAUAUUAAUUACAUUUAGAUAAAUAUUAUAUCUACUACAUUCUGGUGUGAAAAUGGGAGUUUCAAGAAAAUAAAAACAAAAAACUUCUAGAAAUUAAGUUGAUAUUUUCUUCUUUCUCUUAAGUGAUUGAAGGCUAUCUUCAACCUAUAACAGGUGAUAAUGUUCUUUGUGCAGAAUUAAAUAGAAAUAAAAUCUCAAAAAUAAAAAUAAUAACAUAGAACCAGUGCCACCCACAGAAAUGUUCAGACCCAGGACGAGUCUUUUGUUUGGUCUCUUUCCCCCCCUACUGUACUGUUGUGUUUCUUUAUAUGUGUAAGACAUUGGCGUAGGCCAUGUAGCCAAAGUUGUCCAGGCCCCACUGAUUGACAGGUUACUUAGGUGUUUUGCCAAUGUGGAAGGUACUACGUAGAAAAUCGGUCCUUUCCAAGAGUUCAUAAUCUAACUAAAUACAUCAUCUUUUUGUGAUGAAAUUCCAAUGCAGAUGAAAUAUAAGAUUUGUAAUUUAUUGUUUGUCUUGGCUGUUUACCAUUACAUUGGAUAUUUCAUACUUACAACAGAUUGUGAUCACAUUGUUUAUAAAUAUAAUUUUAAAAACUUUUAUAAAAGGCAGUGAUAAGAAUGAAUGUAGACCAUGGCCAAUGAGUGUAUACGUGUGUCCAAGUCUCCUAUUUGUAUGUAAACUAGUUCUGACAGCACAAACUUUAUGUAGACCUAUUGAAAGCAAAAGAAGUUAUCCUGUUUUAAAAAAUUACAUACAGAAUGUCAGCAGCAUAAAGUUUUAUCAGAAAAGGAAACCAGAUAACAAAGUAGCAACUAAGGUAGGAAGGACAGAGAGGGAGCAAAAAAUCUCAUGUUAUGAAUAAUUGCUAUACAUUAUAUGUAAAAGUUAGGAAAUAAAUGUAUACAUUUAAUGAGGAUUUGGAGAUUUCUUCACAAAUCUACAGUAUCGAAGCAAUUCUUAGUAACUAGAUUGUCCAGGCUCGCGUCUGGCAUGAUGUCUUGUAACAUGAUUCUAGUUGGAAAAUGGUGACUGUUAACUUUCAACUAACAUUAAAACACAAUCCAUAUUUAAAUUUUUUCAUCCUUCUUUCAGUGUAUAAGUAUAUAUUUUGUAAAAUCAGCAUCUAAUGUAUAGCAGUAAUUUAAAUAGAACAAAAGUAUUUUAAUAUAGUUGUUAUAGAAAUGUAAUCGUUGAUCAUCUUAAUGUAAAUAUAUAGCAGGCAAGAACUUGCACUGUAAUAUCAACUUCCAAAAGUUUAAAACAUCAAUUUUCAUUAUGAUCGGAUGUUACCAGAUCAAUACCAUAAGAUGCUACCUGAUACAAUUAAAUGUACUUUUGAGUAAGUAAGUUGACCUGGUCUAGAUUUCAUCCAGAAGUCCAACUUUAGCAGUUUGUAGUGAAAAGAAUAUAUGAGACUGUUCUGCUUUACAGUUAAUUAUAGCACUCAGUUUCUUUAACAAUUUUCAACAUGAAAAUAAAUAAUUAAAAAAAAAAGCAUAUUGGCUGAGAACUGUAAUUUUAACCAUCACUAGCUUUCAUUAAACAAAUCAAAAUGUUGCCCAGAAAACUUAACCAUGCUUUAUUAGAAACUGAAUACUUGGAUGGAUUGACGUAGCUUUAAAAAAGUUUUGUGGGUGAAAAUUAUAUUUAGAAUUUUGGAGGAAUAAAGCUGUAUAAUCUUCUCAUUGCCUUGAUGUAAACAAAAAUAAUAUUCUGUAGAAUACAGUUUGUACGUGGAGAAGAAAAUAUAUUCAGGUAUUUUGUAGUAGAAAUGAGGCUUGCAAGAGUCAUGAUUUAAAUUAUUUCAUUGUUUUCUGUUUAGUGAUAAAUAUUCCUUAAGACUCUUAAAACAUCACUGUUACUUAGUCAGUAAAUAGGAUAUCUACUUAUUGAUCUCUAUUCAACUGUUAUCAAAUUAUACUAAUAACAUUACUAGUACUGGAUCUGAAAGUUUAUUUGAAUAAACGUAGUUGAAUGUGUAGGUAUCAAUCAUAUACCUAUCAGUAUCAAUCACAUUCUAAUGUUAUUACAAGUUUUCAGUUUCUAAAGAAAUAAGUUUAGGGUGACAGUUUUUUGAAGUUUUUUUUGGGGGGGGUCAAACACUGUUGUAUACCUUGACAUGCUUUUUACACAUCUAAGUUACUUUGCUUUUAUUUUUAUCAUUUCCCUGACAUUAAAGAACACUGAAAGCUUGUGUUUUCUUGUCUUUAACUGUGAAUAUGUACUAAAUACUUAACAAGUUAUGGAAAAUUAAUCUGUAAUAACAAAGUUUGAGAUAAAUUGGAACUAAAAGUAUCAAAGUAAAUUAAAAAUAGAUUUAUGUGUACUGGAAAUUACGAACAAUGACAAAAAUAUGUGUAAUAAUUCACAUGGAAAUGUGUGUUAUCUUUCAUAUAAUUUUUUUGUAAUAAUUUAAACCAUUCAAAUAUAAAAAUGCUUGUCUUUAAAUACAAUAAUACCUUUGUAUUUACUUGUUUUAUUUUUAAUUUUAUAUUUAUACAUCUUGUAACAUGCACAAUACAUCUCCCAUUUUACUGACAUAAUAAUUAUAUUGAAAACAAAACUAUAAAAUCCUAGUGUUUUCAACAGAUGGAACUACCUGCCAAACCAAAAGUUCUAGGGUUUUAUUAAGUUUUAUUUGUUUGUUUUAUUAAAAUUUAAUUGACUAACCUUUCUGAUCUGUUUUUACUAUCAUGGAAUAAUUAAUAAUUAUAUCUUCUGAAGUAUUAAUACAGAAUUUAUUCAAAAUAAAUGUACAUAUGAUAUCUAAGCAUUUCUAAUAAUCUAAACAUUUUCUCAUAAUAAAUGUAGUUUGUUCUAUGUAACAUUAAGGCUUGUUAUGUUUUUGGACCCUUCACAGGCAUUUUUGUUUUGUUUUUCUCUGCAUUAUUUUUUAUCUUCACAUAAGCACUACAUUUACAUUUUGUAAAUAACUGAUAGACUUUUUUUUUGGCUUCAAGGUUUUCAUUGUUUAGGUUUGGGCUAUUUAGUUAAUUAAUGUAUAUUUUCAUUCUGUUAAAUAUUAAUUUUACUACAAACCAAAGUGGCUUAGACCUCCUGACCCUCACAGUUGUACUGUUUUUAACUAGUUCAUUGGAAGCUGUAAUGAAAGGAUUUUCAACUGUGUUUAUCAUUGAAGAAAGUUCAUAUUUAUUGCCAAAAAUCAGAAUUUUUGAUGUGGUAAUGGAAGUAUAUCUAACUGCACUUUUUACAAAGAUUAUAGGAAUUACCAUACAUAUUUAGGAAAUAGGUGUUUUUGAUGCCACCAAAGUUUUUGUGAUCAAAGUAACACAUUUCAAGUUAUGAAUAAACUUGUAAUCAAUGUUUUC